AUGGGGGUUCGCAUGUUCUGCGACUUUCUGAAGCUGCGCCGCUGGGAGCGCCAUGUGUUGGCGCAAAGGGAAAGGCAGGAGAGCGCACUGGCUGCAGCCUUUAGGUGUAUUCCCUGGUCUGGCGUGGCCAUGUUCUUCUUUGUGAUGAUUUUCUUCGGUAUUGACCUCGGUGCCGGUAUCAAACAUACCGCGCGACAGAUUCAAGAAAAGAAGGAGGAAGCAGCGCAGUCGGUAGAAGUGCAGAAGAUGCAAGCGCGCCAGUGGUCGGUAGAGCAGGUGAAGAAUUUUCGCGAGGGUGAAAUUCCAAAGCCGUCAUGGGCGGAGGGAGGUCCGCGUGGAUCCAACAACCCACUGUAG